GGCAGCAGGACUAAGGGAUGUCACGGGGCUUCCUCCUGCUCACGCUGCUCACAGUCUCCUCCAGCAUCCAAGUGAGGCCGGAACACACACUCAGAUAUACAGUACCAGUCAAAAGUUUAGACACACCUACUCAUUCAAGUGCAAAGCUGUCAUCAAGGCAAAGGGUGGCUACUUUGAAGAAUCUAAAAUCUAAAAUAUAUUUUGAUUUGUUUAACACUUUUUUGGUUACUACAUGAUUCUAUGUGUUAUUUCAUAGUUUUGAUGUCUUCACUAUUAUUCUACAAUGUAGAAAAUUGUAAAAAUAAAGAAAAACCCUUGAAUGAGUAGGUGUCCUAAAACUUUUGACUGGUACUGUACACACACACACACACACACACACACACACACAGGCAGGCAGACACGCUGGCAGACAAAGAAGAACACCCAAUAACAUACCCACGACAUUACGCAACACUCCACCUUUGAUGCUUUGGAAGAGGAAUUAAUUGACCUUCUCUGGAAGCUAAUUGACACGUUGGAUCCUUCUAAGGAUUCCAAUGGAUGCGUCAUUCAUUGUCCUGUCAACAGAAUGCAGCCUAGCAGUGAGUCCCUCUGUAGGGCGCCAUUCAGACAUGGGAAGCCAGCCACCCCCAGUCCUGAAAGUGACUGGUGUUUAGAGUGUUGGGGAGAGACACAUGGGUUUUUACAUGGCAGAAUUACCCUCUGAGAACGGGCCCUGUGUGGCAGAGAGUGUUGUAGUCUAAACACGCCCUGCCUCUCUGUCUCUGUCUGUCUGCCUGUCUGCCUGUCUGUCUCAUGGUCUCUCUCUCUCUGUCUGUCUGUCUCUCUGUCUGUCUGUCUCUCUGUCUGUCUGUCUCUCUGUCUGUCUCUGUCUGUCUGUCUGUCUGUCUGUCUGUCUGUCUGUCUGUCUGUCUGUCUGUCUGUCUGUCUGUCUGUCUGUCUGUCUGUCUGUUUGUCUGUCUCUCUGUCUCUCUGUCUCUGUCUCUCUGUCUCUCUGUCUCUCUGCCUGUCUGUCUCUCUCUGUCUGUCUGUCUGUCUGUCUCUCUGCCUGUCUGUCUGUCUGUCUGUCUGUCCCCCAGGUGUCCCCAGCUAAGCCAUUAAAGGCGUUGAUGCAGAGAUGGGUGAUGUACACGGAGGAGUGUAGCCGCAAUAACAGCAGAGAACCGGCACUCACUGGUGAGAAACACAUGCACACGCCUGCACACAUGCACGCACACACACACACACACACACACUCACACACACCACACACACACACACACACACUCACACAGGAAUAGAGGGAUAGAAUAUAGAGCACAGAGGGAUAGAGGGAUAGAGAAUAGAGCACAGAGGGAUAGAGGAUAGAGCACAGAGGGAUAGAGGAUAGAGCACAGAGGGAUAGAGGAUAGAGGGAUAGAGAAUAGAGCACAGACGGAUAGAGGAUAGAGGAUAGAGAAUAGAGCACAGAGGGAUAGAGGAUAGAGGAUAGAGCACAGAGGGAUAGAGGAUAGAGGGAUAGAGAAUAGAGCACAGACGGGUAGAGGAUAGAGGACAGAGAAUAGAGCACAGAGGGAUAGAGGAUAGAGGGAUAGAGCAUAGAGAAUAGAGCACAGAGGGAUAGAGGAUAGAGGGAUAGAGCAUAGAGAAUAGAGCACAGAGGGAUAGAGGAUAGAGCACAGAGGGAUAGACAAUAGAGAAUAGAGCACUGAGGGAUAGAGAUAAGAGAAUAGAGCACAGACGAUAGAGGAUAGAGGAUAGAGAAUAGAGCACAGAGGGAUAGAGGAUAGAGGGAUAGAGCACAGAGGGAUAGAGGAUAGAGGUAUAGAGAAUAGAGAAUAGAGCACAGAGGGAUAGAGGAUAGAGAAUAGAGCACAGAGCACAAAGCACAGAGGGAUAUAGGGAUAUAGGAUAGAAGGAUAUAGAAUAGAGCACAGAGGGAUAGAGUAUAGAGAUGGAGUGAUAGAGGGAUAGAGGGAUAGAGGAUAGAGGGAUAGAGGAUAGAGGGAUAGAGGAUAGAGGGAUAGAGGAUAGAGGGAUAGAGUGAUAGAGGUAUAGAGUGAUAGAGGUAUAGAGUGAUAGAGGUAUGGAGUGAUAGAGCUAUGGAGUGAUAGAGGUAUGGAGUGAUAGAGGUAUAGAGAGAUAGAGGUAUAGAGGGAUAGAGGGAUAGAGGGAUAGAGAAUAGAGGGAUGGAGGGAUAGAGGGAUAUAGUAUAGAGGGAUAGAGGAUAGAGGGAUAGAGGGAUAGAGGGAUAGAGGGAUAGAGGGAUAGAGGAUAGAGGGAUAGAGGGAUAGAGAAUAGAGGGAUAGAGGGAUAGAGGAUAGAGGGAUGGAGGGAUAGAGGGAUAUAGUAUAGAGGGAUAGAGAAUAGAGGGAUAGAGGGAUAGAGGGAUAGAGGGAUAGAGGGAUAGAGGGAUAGAGGGAUAGAGGAUAGAGGGAUAGAGGGAUAGAGGGAUAGAGGGAUAGAGAAUAGAGGGAUAGAGGGAUAGAGGAUAGAGGAUAGAGGGAUGGAGUGAUAGAGA